GGGCGAGCGAGACGCGGUCGCGGCUACCGGGACGGGACGGGACGCGCCACACCGGCUCCGACAGCCUCUCCGCCGCUCGCCCAGCCCAGCCCAGCCCAGCCCCAGCGCGCCGCCGCCGCCGCCGCCCCCCGGCCAUGAGCUCCAUGGUGGACCUGAAGGCCUUGUACGAGAACCUGCUGAAGGAAGAGCAGGACACGUCGGGGCCGCUGCUCUCCCGCUGCCACUCGGCCUGCUCCGCGGACGCGCCCUACGGGGGCAGCCUGUCGCCCGUGUGGCCCUGCCGCAGCCACUGGAGCCCCGGCGGCGAGCAGCUGCAGCCCCUCGGGGAGCCCGGCCGGCGCCCCACGCUGCGGCCCGACCGGUCCAUCAGCCUCAUCGAAGGCCGGGCCCUGCCGGCGCCCCCGCCGGGCUUCCCGCCCCUCCGGCACGCCGCGCAGGCCCCGGCCCCGUCCUCCCGCUACAAGACGGAGCUGUGCCACUCCUUCAGCGAGUCGGGCAAGUGCCGGUACGGGGCCAAGUGCCAGUUCGCCCACGGGGCCAGCGAGCUGCGCACGGUCAGCCGCCACCCCAAGUACAAGACGGAGCUGUGCCAGAAGUUCUACCGCAACGGCGAGUGCCCGUACGGCUCCCGGUGCCACUUCAUCCACUACCCGGGCGAGGCCGCCUCCGCCGCGCCGCAGGCCCUGCGCCAGAGCGUCAGCUUCUCCGGGGUGCCGGCCCACCUGCAGUCGCCCACCCUGCCCGGCAUGCCCGACCCGGCCUCCUUCGCCCGCGCCCCGUCGGUCUCGCCACCGCCCGCCUCCGCCGACCUGCUCUCGCCGCCCUUCGGCCUGCUGAACUCUGCCUCCAGCUCCUUCCUCUCCACUCUGGGCGACUCGCCCUCGGCCAGCCGGGGCUGCUGCCUGUGCCAGUGCGGAAGGUCUGCCGGCCCGGCCGGCUCAUUCCAGACCAUGCGGGACGCCUUCUCCGCCGCCCCCGGAACGCCGACCUCCACAGCCCCCAACCUGCCCAGAACCCCCUCCUCCAAUUCCCUCUCCGACCCGGAGAGCUACAGCAGCUCUGGCAGCCUGAGCCGGUCGGACUCCCCCGUCUUUGAUCUGCAGCUGGGGCUGGUGGGGGCCUCCCAUCGGCUGCCCAUCUUCAACCGACUCUCCGUCUCGGAGUGAGCUGCGGGCAGCAGUUGCUUUCCUCAGUGAGGCUUUGCAUCGCGAUGCCUGGGGGCCGGUGGACGGGUUCUGCUGUACGUAGGAUCUUCCCUGCCGGGGGUGGGAGCCCCCGUGCCCUCGGGAGCACGGAGCCCCAGUAGCUUCUACAGAGCUGUCGCCGCUGUCCGAGCGCCGAGCGGCUGCAGAGGGGAUGCUCCGCCUUCCUCUUGCCUUGGCGCGCCGGCCUGUGCCGGAGAGGCCUGUUGCCUUUCCACACGUGCAGGCUGGUUCCCCCGGGUCGGGUCGGGUCGGGUCGGGUCCGGCCGCCCACUCCAGUGCCUUAGACUUGCGCAGAAGGGCCGCCUGCCGAGGAGAAGACGCCUUGCGCAGGUGCGAUUAGCGAGCUGGUCGCCCAGGUGGGACCGAGGCUGCCUGUCCGUGGGGACGGGGGCCAGCUCCCCCCACUGCCUCACAUGGUGCUGCCUCACCGGCCUCUUCCCCCUCAUGUGUGUCAGUAUUCACCCUCCCAAAAGCAGGCGCGAUUAUGCAGCCAGAGACCCUGAAGCCCAGCGCAAAAGCUCCCCUGCUCGCAGCUCUGGCCACGGCCAGCAGGUCCUCCCGGUGGCUCCCUGCUCCGGUCUGUGCCGGCCUUGCUCCAGCCCUUUUCUGCUCUCCCCGCCUUUCCCCUGAGUAGACCCUGCCUCGCUCCCGCCUGCCACAGCCCUCGCAGCAACGGCUGACCCGGGACUGUGCUCUCCUCCGUGCCUUCAACCCGGACCUGCUGGUUGCCCUCCCACCUGCGCGACCAGAUCCCGCAUCAUUGGUUCUUUACACGCACGUGCCUUGCGCAUCUGACGCGGGAGAGGAGGAGAGGGAGAAGCAAAGCAGCCCCCCGGCUUGGGCUCCCGAUCGCCUCUCUCUCUCAUCCUGUGAAAUUCACUCUUGGGGCGUGGGGGAGGGCCGAGCCCCCCUUCUCCGCUCCCCUCCUCUUCCCGUGUCCCCCCAGCCUACCAAAGCAUUCAGCCAGGGCUUCUUGGCUCUGGCCUGCAGCAUUACACAAGUGACCUCUCAGCUCGACUGCUGGCAGCUCUGCCGGAAAACUGGGUCGUUUGUUUCCUUAUGGCAAGAUUCUUCUUUUCUCAUGUGGGGCCGGGACGGGGGGUGGGGGGAUUACAAGACAGUCGAGGGAACGCAGGGGAAGGGGUGGCCCAGCAGCUAGGAACAUUCCCAGACUCGCUGUCUGAAUGCCUUUCUUUCACUGUUCUCAUUUUAAAACGCCUUGUUAUAACAUACUGUGAAUAACCCCUCCCCUAUUUAAUCCCCCAAAUAACAAGGGGUGGAGAACUUGAGAAGGGGGCAGCUGCCUUCUCCCUCUGCUUCAGCGUUUCUGCCCAGAGCUGGACUCGCAAGCAGCCCCUUGCAUUUUCUCUCCCCGCAAAACCGUGGCGGGGGCUCCGUCCCACCCCUUUGCCAGCGAGGUCUCAGGGCGGGUGGAUGCUGGGCCUGAGGCCUCUUGUGGACCUGGCCAGAUGGAGGGAGCACGAGACCACCUCCUCUUUAAGGCCUGACUCCAAGACAGAUUGCCGCGUGGGAUGAAAUCCGCCGGGAGCGCAGCCACCCCGCCCCAGCCCAGCCCUGGCUUGGCCUGGCUGAGCGAAGGAUUGCCCGCGAGCUAGGUCAGCUGGCGAUUACUGUGCCGUGGGGUCCUGCUCAUUCCAGGGGGCGGCCGAUCUGCAUCCGCCGGGGGCUAUAGCGCCUUACUGAUCCCGGGAUGUACCUGGCACCAUCUGUUGUCCCUACCAGAGUGCCCUGGCUCCAAUCUCUGCUGUGUUUAUGGGGUUUAAGGGAUCUUUAAGGGAGUGAGACAAACAAACGGGGCCAGGGGCUCGGAUGAUUAGGGGCUUCCGAAGCCGUCGCAUCUGGCUGUUGCCUCGGCGAAACAAAGCCCUAACCGUGGACCUUGCCGGGUUCACCCAGGAUCGCGCGAGGGAUUCUCUGCCUGGAUCCAAAAGGCAGCGCAGGGCCUGCUUUGAUCCACAGAGACCUCCGUGAAUGAGUAUUCUUCCAGAUCCCUGGCGGUGUGUUCAGCCAAGCUUGCUUUGCCGAAUCGGGCCGUCCAGUCCAAAUCAAGACUGCUUUGUGCUUGGCCAUUUCGCACUAAUUUUGCACUGAUCAACGUCAGCUAGAAAAGGCACAAACCAGCAGAGACUGGAGAAGGGCAAGACUGGUCGAGGGAACCUCUUUCUUUUAUAAACCAAUGCUAACCACCUGCGUAUAAUUAUUGUAUAAAAUUAUUUAAUUUUAAAAAAUAAAACCAAUGUUUACCUUGUAUGAGAGGAUAAGAGAACCAAAAUACCAACUAUUUAUACACUCUUAUUUAUUCAGAGUUUUAUAUAAUAUUUAUCUUUUUUAAUAUUCGGAAAUAAUAUAUAUAUAUAUUUUUCUUUUCUGUAUGAAACAUGAAAAAGUGACAAUCUAAAUUGUUAAUGGUAAAAAGUUCGUCUUUCUCUGCUAGAAGAAAAAAGCUUAAUAUUUCCUUUCUGAAACCUAAAAUUUCAGAUAAAAUGGCUCAAACUAUAAUGAGAAUAAAGAAUUCAGUGAUUAGACGA